GGGACGUUGAAGAGUUAAAAAAUGAAGAAAUUUAGAGAGACUAAAGAUUAGAGAAAUUUGAUUUAAGUGUGGAGAUUGGACUUCAAGAUUUGGAUUAAGGUUGAAGAGUUUGGAAAUGAACAAAUUAAGAGUCACUUAAGAUAACUCGAUCUAUGGUUGAAAAGUUCAAAAUUGGUUGAAGAUAUGAGAAAUUGGAAAAAAUUUAGAGUACAAGAGUAGAUAAUGGUUUAAAUUAUGAGAUGGGACUACAAGUUUUUUACGGAUGUCCCCAAGCUGUUCUUUGCAUUAAAUUGUUGAUUAUUGGUAGUGAAGCUAAGAAAUUGGAGAGUGAAGGUACUUAUAUGACUCAUGGACGAUAUAUUGAAAGAGGAAAAUGACAAAUUAGUUUGUUGAUAGUUAUCUAUUUCGCGAGAAAGACGAAGAUAAGAAAGGAUAAGAGAAUUGUGGAUAAAAGUAUUUGAUCUGAUGAGUUCAAGAAAUGAACAAAUUAAGAGUGUAAAUACUAGAGAAAUUUGAUUUAAGGAUGGAAAUUGUUCUUCAAGAUUUGGAUUAAGGUUUGAGGUUGAAGAGUUUGGAAAUGAACAAAUUAAGAGUCACUUAAGAUAACUCGAUCUAAGGUUGAAAAGUUCAAAAUCGGUGUAAGAUAUGUGAAGUUGGAAAAAAUUUAGAGUACAAGAAUAGAGAUUGGUUUAAAGUUUGAGAUGAGACAACGAGUUUUUAACGGAAGAAACCAAUUGAUUCUUUGCUUUAAAUUGUAGAUAAUAUGAUGUGAAGCUAAGAAAUGGGAGAGUAAGGUUAUGGACGAUAUAUUGAAAGAGAAAAGUUACAAAUUAGUUGUUGAACAUUAUCUAUUUCAUGAUAAAGAUAAGAGAGGAGAAGAGAAUUUUGGAUUAAAGUAUGUGAUUGGAAUUCAACUUUUUUUAUUAAGGUUGGACGUUGAAGAGUUCGAAAAUGAACAAAUUAAGAGCUAAAGAUUAGAUGAUUUAAGGAUGAAGAUUGAACUUCAAGAUUUGGAUUAAGGUUUGAGGUUGAAGUGUAUGGAAGUGAAUAAAUUAAGAGUCACUUGAGAUAAGUUGGUUUGAGGUUGAAGCCUACAAAAUUGUUUGAAGAGUUGGUAAAUUGACAUAAAAAUUAAGAGUACAAGAAUAGAAAAUGGUUUAAAGUAUGAGGUGGAGAUUGGACUUUAAGAUUUGGAUUAAGGUUCGAGGUUGAAGAAUAUAAAUUUGGUUGAAGAGUUUGGAAAUGAACAAAUUAAGAGUAACUUAAGAUAACUCGGUUUAAGGUUAAAGAGAACAAAGUUGGUUUAAAAGUCUGUAAAUUUGAAAAAUAUUAUGACUGCAAGAAUCAAGGUUGGUUUAAUGUAUAAGAUGGGACUACGAGUUUUUAAUGGAAGACGCUAAGAAGUGGGAAAGUAAGGCUAUGGAUGAUAUAUUGAAAGAGGAAAAUUACAAAUUAGUCUUCGAAUUUCAAGAUGAAGAUAAGAGAGGAGAAAAGAGUUUUGUAUUAAAGUAUGUGAUUGGAAUUCAACUUUUUUUAUUAAGGUUAGAGAGGGAAGAGAAUUUUGGAGUAAAGUAUGUGAUUGGAAUUCAACCUUUUUUUAUUAAUGUUGGACGUUGAGGAGUUCGAAAAUGAACAAAUUAAGAGACUAAAGAUUAGAUGAUUUAAGGAUUGAGAUUGGACAUCAAGAUUUGGAUUAAGGUUUGAGGUUGAAUAGUUUGGAAAUGAAUAAAUUAAGAGUCUUUUGAGAUAAGUUGGUUUGAGGUUGAAGUGUAUAAAAUUGUUUGAAGAGUUGAUAAAUCGAAAAAAAAGUUAAGAGUACAAGAAUAGAUAAUGGUUUAAAGUAUGAGAUGGGACUACAGGUUUUUUAUGGGAUUCCCAAGCUGUUCUUUGCACUAAAUUGUAGAUUAUUGGUAGUGAAGCUCAGAAGUGGGAGAGUGAAAGUACUUAUAUGACUCAUGGAGUAUAUAUUGAAAGUGGAAAACGACAAAUUAGUUGUUUAUAGUUCUCUAUUUCACGAUGAGGAGUUAAAGUAUUUGAUGGGAUUUCAACUUUCUUUUACAAAGGUUGAAUUUUGAGGAGUUAAAAAAUGAACAAAUUUAGAGAGACUAAAGAUUAGAGAAAUUUGAUAUAAUGUACUGAUUGGUCUUCAAGAUUUGGAUUAAGGUUGGAGGUUGAAGAGUAUAAAUUUGGUUGAAGAGUUUUGAAAUGAACAAAUUAAGGGUCACAUAAGAUAAAUUGGAUUAAAGUUGGAGAGUUCAAAAUUGGUCGAAGAGUUGAGAAAUUUGAAAAAGUCAAGAGUAUAUGAAUAGAGAUUUGUUUAAAGUAUGAGAUGCAACUACAGGUUUUUGAUGGAAGACACCAAAGUCGUUUUUUGCAUUAAAUUGUAGAUAAUAUGAUGUGAAGCUAAGAAAUGUGAGAGUAAAGGUACCUAAUAGGACUCAUGGACGAUAAAUUUAAAGAGGAAAAAGACAAAUUAGUCGUUGAUAGUUAUCUUUUUCAUUAUAUAGAUAAGAAAGGAGAAGAGGAUUUUGGAUUAAAUUCUGAUUGGACUUCAACCUUUUUUAAUUAAGGUUGGACGUUGAAAAGUUUGAAAAAUGGUGAAAUGAAGAGGCACUAAAGAUUAGAAAAUUUUGAUUUAAAGGUGGAGAUUGGACUUCAAGAUUUGAAUUAAGGUUUGAGGUUGAAGGGUAUAAAUUUGGUUGAAGUUUUUGGAAAUGAACAAAUUAAGAGGCACUUGAGAUAACUUGGUUUAAGGUUGAAGAGUACAAAAUUGGUUGAGGAGUUGAUAAAUUGAAAAAAAAUUAAGAGUAAUGGAAUAAAGAUUGGUUUAAAGUAUGAGAUGAGACUACACGUUUUUAAUGAAAGACACCAAUUAAGAGAGAUUAAAGAUUUUCAUUUAAUGGUAGAGAUUGGACUUCAAGAUUUGGAUUUGGAUUAAGGUUUGAGGUUGAAGAGUAUAAAUUUGGUUGAAGAGUUUGGAAAUGAACAAAUUAAGAGGCACUUAUAAGAUAACUUGGUUUAUGGUUGAAGAGUUGAUAAAUUGAAAAAAAUUAAGAGAGAAUAAAUUUGACGUUAAAAAACAUAUCAAAAGGUCUCUAGAAGAUGGCUUCAAAAUAAUUGUGGGAGUGAGGUAAUAUAUAUAGUUUACUAUACUCUUCUCUUCAAAAUAAGGUUAGCCUUCCUUCUCCCUAGUGUUUAUAUAAUUUUCGAUAAAUAUUUAUCAUAUCUUAUAAAUGUUUACUUUUCUAUUAUAUCUUUGAUUUUUUUUUUUUUUUUAUGUUCUUGAAAUCAUGUUUUUGUUCCAGGAGUAAACUGCUUUCAUUUAUAUAAAAUUAAACAAUAAAAGGAGAAUAAAAAAUAAACACACCAAAAGUAUAAUGUAGAGAUUGGACUUGAAGAAUUGGAUUAAGGUUGGAGGUUGAAGAGUAUAAAUUUUGUUGAAGUGUUUGGAAAUGAAUAAUUAAGAGUCUCUUAAUUAUGAAAACUUGUUUUAAGGUUGAAGAGUACAAAAUUGGUUGAAGAGUUGAUAAAUUGGAAAAAAUUAAGAAUACAAUAAUAAAAGAUUGGUUUGAAGUAUGAUGCGAGACUGCAAGAUUUUGAUGGAAGACACUGAGUCGUUCUUUGUAUUAAAUUGUAGAUAAUUGAAAGUGAAACUAAGAAAUUGGAUAGUGAAGGUACUUAUGUAACUCGUGGACGAUAUAUUGAAUGAGGAAAGACAAAUUAGUUGUUGAUAGUUAUGUAUUUUACGAUGAAGAUAAGAAUGGAUAAGAGAAUUUUUUAUUAAAGUAUGUGAUUGGACAUUCAAUUUUUUUAUUAAGGUUGGACGUAAAAGAGUUCAGAAAAGUGACAUAUUACGAAAUACAAAUGAUCAAAUAAUUUUAGUUUAAGGAUGGAGAAUUUUGGUUAAUGAAUAAAGGAAAUUUGGUUGAAUGUUCUAGAUUGGACUUCGACAUUUGGAUUUAAUGGGGCAUCGCCAUUCUGUGGGAUACAAAGAACAAAAUUGGUUGGAGAGUUCAUAAAUUAGAAAAAUUAAGAAUGUAUAGGAUCGUUGAAUUUGGGUCUAAAGUGAGAUUGGACUGAACGUUUUGAAUGAAAAAUGAUAUAGGCUAUAAUAAGCCCUAACAAAAAAAAAAACAAGAAGAAGAAGAAGUAAAGCCAAGUUAACAUCAAUCACAAAUACACUCAAAUAGCUUGGGUCGUAUCGCUCAAUUCAUUGGUUCGGUGCUAGCUCCUAAUUUUCAACACUCUCCCUCAAGUUGAAAAUGAGGGUACAUUGAUGAGGCAUGGGUUGAUUACCAGUUUGGAAGUCCUAAUAUUAAUAGAGUAAGACAGCGCCUCGUCUUAAGUUUGUCUCGUGCAUAAAAAAAGAAGAUAACUGAAGAACCUCCUUUUUACCUCUGGAAUCUGCAGAUUAUCUCAUAAUUAAUAAGUAGAUAAUGAAGUUCUUCUCUGAUCUUGAAUUGAGGAUGAAGGAUCAAAGAAAUGCUUCACACAAGGGUUUCGAUUUAUAAGGUUAUAUUGGGAAACCGCUCUGUGGUUUCAUUCCUCCUUUUUUUGCACACAAAAAGAGAUGUGACCUGGGGUACUGUGACGGAAAAGCUCUCAAGCGCUCGAAUUGAAAAAGAAGAUAGGCGAAGGCGGGAGAUCAAGAGUAUUUCUCAGAAGACUUAGUGGACAUGGAAGGGGAAGCAGCUCUAGGAGGCAAAAGAAAGUCACAGUAAAGUAAGGCCAUUGAAACUCGCGCUAGGCCUUUCUUUCUCAUAGCUCAUGAAAGAUCAUACCGAGUAAGGGAUCGAGUCAACAGAGUCAUACCUUUCAAUUUUCAUUUAUUCCUUUUCUUUUAUUAGCUAGCUUUUUGACACAUUGAAAGGGCUCGUUUGAUUAAGAGUAUAAAAUUGGCUGAAAAGGUUCGAUAAAUAAACAAAUUAUGUUACAGAAAGUACAAAAUUGGUUGAAGAGUUCAUAAAUUGGAAAAGUUAAGAGAUACAGAAGAUUUAGAGAUUGUUGGUUUAAAGUACGAGAUGGGACUACAACUUGUUGAUGGAUGACACCAAGUCGUUCUUUGGAUUAAAAUGUAUAUAAUUGGAUGAAAACUACGAAAAUGGACAAAUAAAGGUCCUUAAGAAGACUCAUGGACGAUAUAUUGAAAGUGGUAAAAGACAAAUUUGUUGUUGAUAGUCAUGUAUUCCAUGACGAAGGAAGAUGAGAAAGAAUAAGAGAACUUUGGAUUAAAGUACGUAAUUCUUUCUAGUUGAAGAGUUUAGAAAAGUGACAUAUUACAAAAUACAAAUGAUAAAAUAAUUUUAGUUUAAGGAUGGAUAAUUUUGGUUAAAGGAUGAAGGAAAUUGGGUUGAAGGUUCCAGAUUGGACGUCGACAAUUGGAUUUAAUGGGGCGUAGCCAUUCUUUAGGAUAUAAAAAACAAAAAUGGUUGUAGAGUUCAUAAAUUGAAAAAAUUAAGAGAUGCAUAAGAUUAAAGAUUGUUGGUUUAAAGUACCAGAUGAGACUACAACUUCUUGAAUGAAGGUAGCGUGCCAUUGUUUGGAUCAAAGUGUAGAUUAUUAUUGGAUGCGAAGUUAAGAAAAUAUAGAAAUAAAGGUACAUCUAAGACUUAUGGAGGAUUUGUUUAAGCGAUUGACAUUAGACUAUAUGUUGAAGAAAGGGAAAACAUAAAUUUUUUGUUGAUAGGUAUGCAUUCCAAGAUGGAGGAAAAUAAUUUAAGAUAAGACAAUUGUGGAUUAAUGUAUGUGAUUGGGCUCCAAUUUUUGAAUUAGAUUGGAAGUUGAAGAGUUCGAAAAAUGAACAAAUUAAGAGGACACUGAAGAUUAGAGAAAUUUUAUUUAAGGUUGGAGAUUGGAUUUCAAGAUUUGGAUUAAGUUCGGAGGUUGAAGAGUAUAAAAUUAGUUGGAGAGUUGGAAAUGAACAAAUUACGAGUCACUUGUGAUAAUUUUGUUCAAGGUUAGGAGAUUGGACUUCAACAUUUGGAUUGAAGUGAUCUAGCUAUUAUUUGGAUUGCAUAGUACAAAAUUGAUUGAACUCUUGAUAAAUUGGAAAAAGAUUGAGAGUUCAAGAGUAGAGAUUCCUUGAAAGUUUGAGAUGAGACUACAAGUUUUUCCAUACACCAAGCCGUUCUUUGCAUUAAAUUGUAGAUAAUUGGAUGUGAAGCUAAGAAAUAGGAGAAUAAAGGUACUUAUAAGACUAUGAACGAUAUAUUGGAAGAGGAAAAAGACAAAUUAGGAUUGAUAGUUAUCUAUUUCACAAUGAAGAUUAGAAAGGACAAGAUAAUUUUUUAUUGAAGAGUACAAUAUUGGUUGAAGAGUUGAUCAAUUGGAAAAAAUUAAGAAUAUAAGAAUAAGGAUUGGCUUAAUGUAUGGGAUGAGACUACAAGUUUUUUAUGAAAGAUAUCACGCGGUUCUUUGCAUUAACUUGUAGAUAAUAUGAUGUGAAGCUAAGAAAUAGGAGAGUAAAGGUAUAUAUAGGACUCAUGGACGAUAUAUUGAAAGAGGAAAAAGAAAAAUUAGUCGUUGAUAGUUAUCCAUUUCACGAUGGAGAUAUAGAUAAAAAAGGAUAAGAGAAUUUUGGAUUAAAGUAUGCGCUUUUAUUUAUGCUAUUUGGAAUUAAGGGGGCUAGCCAAUCUUUGGUAUACAAAGUACAAUAUUGGUUGGAGAGUUCAUAAGUUGGUAAAAUUAGGUUUGAAGUAGGAGAUUGGAAUACAACUUUUUGAAUGAAGGCAACAUGUCAAUGUUUGGAUGAAGGUGGUGAUUGUUGGAUGGGAAGUGAAUAAAAUUGACUUUUAAGUGAUUGUGUGUGGAACAUAAUAUGUUAGGGAUUUUAUUUUGAAAAUGGGAAACCAAAAGUUUGUUGGUAGUUAUUUAUUCCACGGUCGAUGAAGGCAAAUAAAUAAAGAUAAGGGAAUUUUGGAUUAAAGAAUGUGAUUUGACUUCAACUUUUUGAGUAAAGAGGAUCGAUCAUUAAUGUUCGAUUGAAGAGUUUGAAAAAUAAGCAAAUUAAGAGACACUGAAGAUUAGAGAAAUUUGAUUUGAGGUUGGAGAUAUUUCAAGAUUUGGAUUGGGGUUGAAGGUCGAAGAGUAUAAACUUGGUUGAUGAGUUCGAAAAUUGAACAAAUUGUGAGUCACUUCAGAUAAUUUAGUUUAAGGUUGGACAUUGGACUUCAACAUUUGGAUUCAAGGGCCCUAGCCAUUAUUUGGAUUAUACCAAAGUACAAAAUUUUUUGAAGAGCUCAUAAAUUGGAAAAAUUAUGAGGGCGUUUGGGGCGAAAAGUGACUUAUAAUAGUAUUGAUUUUAUAAUAGUCUGCAUUUCUGGUGUAGAUUUGAGCCCAACUCCACUUUUAGGGCAUGAAUUAAGCAAAAGGGGAAUUAGUGUUAUUUUACCCCGUUAUUUUAUGUUUCACUCCUUGCCACACACUGUUCCAUUCCUUCGGUCGGGUGCAUCUUAGGACAACUGAAAAUUUUGUUUUUCUCGUGGUCGAUCUCGGACGAGAUCGACCUCGAGAUUCUUUCCAAAAUUAUAAAACUAUUUGACGGAAAUUUUUUGGUCUCUCUUGGGGCUAUUUCGGGCCUACUUUAGGUUGAGAUCACACUACAUUUCCUUAUGGUCUUUAGCUCGGCGCUAUAUCUCAGGCCAACUUUAAGUCGAAAUCGUACUACAUUACUUUAUCUUCUUUAGAUCGGGGCUUCGGCCUGAGAUAGCCUCGAGCUAAAGAACAUGUGCAUAAUGUAGUAUGGUUCGGGGUCAAAGUUGUCCUGAGCUAAAGAACAUAGACAUUAUGUAGUAUGAUCUCGGUCUAAGGUUGCCAGAUAUGUCUUCGAGGGAGAUCGAGAAAUUUUCUUCAAAUAAUUAUUUAAAUUUGGGAAGAGAUCUUGGGGUCGAUCUCGGUCGAGAUUGAUUAUGAGAAAACAAAAUUAUUGGUGGUCUCGAGUUACACCCGGUUGAGAGAGUGGAACAGUGUGUGGCAAAGAGUAAAACAACCCUAAUCCCCUUUUGCUUGAUCUAUGCCCCAAACGUGGAGUGGGCUAAAAUAGUCCACUCUACUCCCUCAAGUCCACCCCAAUUAUGCCCUAAGAGAUACAAGAUACACAAGAUUAUACAUUGUUGGUUUAUUGUAUGAGAUGGGACUACAACGUUUUGAUUAAGGUUGAAAGUUAAUGAACAAAUUAAGAGACACUAAAGAUUAGAGAAAUUUGAUUUAUGGUUGGAAAUUGGAGUUUAAAGAUUUGGAUUAAGGUUGGAGGUUGAAGAGUAUAAAUUUGGUUGAAGAGUUUGGAAAUGAACUAAUUAAGAAGAGGAGUUGAUAAAUUGGAAAAAUAUUAAUAAUACAAGAAUAAAGAUUGGUUUAAAGUAUGAGAUGGGACUACAAGUUUUUAAUGGAAGACAUCAAGUCGUACUUUGCAUUAAAUUGUAGUGAAGCUAAGGAAUUGGAGUGUAAGGCUCAUGGAUGAUAUAUUGAAAGAGAAAAAUUACAAAUUAGUUGUUGAAAAUUAUCUAUUUUAGGAUGAAGAUAAGAAAGGAGAAGAGAACUUUUUUUAUUAAGGUUUGACGUUUGAAGAGUUUAAGAAAUGAACAAAUUAAGAGACUAAAUACUAGAGAAAGUUGAUUUAAGGAUGGAAAUUGGACUUCAAGAUUUGGAUUAAGGUUUGAGGUUGAAGAGUUUGGAAAUGAAUAAACUAAGAGUCACUUGAGAUAAGUUGGUUUGAGGUUGAGGUGUACAAAAUUGUUUGAAGAGUUGAUAAAUUGAAAAAUUAUUGAUAGUACAAGAAUAGAGAAUUAUUUAAAGUAUGAGAUGAGACUACAUGUUUUUUCUAUGGAAGUCCUCAAGCUGUUCUUUGCAAUUAAAUUGUAGUUUAUUGGAUGUGAAGCUUAGAAAUUGGAGAGUGAAGGUAUUUAUAUGACUCAAGACAAAUUACUUGUUGAUAAUUCUCUAUUUCACGAUGAGGAUAAGAAAUGAUAAGAGAAAUGUGGUUAAAAGCAUUUGAUUGGACUUCAACUUUUUUUUUUUAUCAAGGUUGGACGUUGAAGAGUUAAAAAAUGAACAAAUUUAGAGAGACUAAAGAUUUGAGAAAUAAAGAUAAGUGAUUGGACUUCAAGAUUUGGAUUGAGGUUUGAGGUUGAAGAGUAUAAAUUUGGUUGAAGAAUUUGAAGACGAACAAAUUAAGAGUCACUUAAGAUAACUCGAUCUAAGGUUGAAAAGUUCAUAAUUGAUUGAAGAUAUGAGAAAUUGGAAAAAAUUUAGAGUAUAGGAAUAGAGAUUGGUUUAAAGUUUGAGAUGAGACAAUGAGAUUUUAAUGGAAGAAACCAAUUCAAUUUUUACAUUAAAUGGUAGAUAAUAUGAUGUGAAGCUAAGAAAUGGGAGAGUAAUGUUAUGGACGAUAUAUUGAUUGAGAAAAAUUACAAAUUAGUUGUUGAACAUUAUCUAUUUCAGGAUGAAGAUAAGAGAGAAGAAGAGAAUUUUGGAUUAAAGUAUGAUUGGAAUUCAAUUCUUUUGAUUAAAGGUUGGACGUUGAAGAAUCCGAAAAUGAACAAAUUAAGAGCUAAAGAUUAGAGGAUUUAAGGACAAAGAUUGAACUUCAAGAUGUGGAUUAAGGUUUGAGGUUGAAGAGUUUGAAAAUGAAUAAAUUAAGAGUCACUUGACAUAAGUUGGUUUGAGGUUGAGAGGUACAAAAUUGUACGAAGAGUUGGUAAAUUGACAUAAAAAUGAAGGGUACAAUAAUACUAUAAUAAUUCAUGAUAUAAUAGUGUAGGCUACAAAGACAGUAUUAUAAUAUUCCGAAUUAUAUAAACUAUUAUAAGCGAGUUAAACGGGUUUGGCAUGGUUUUAAAAAUGAAUUAUCAUUUUUCUCCUAGAAAGGAGAAGGAAAAGAAGAAGAAAAAAGCGCGUGAACACUAUGACUUGUCAUAAAGAAACUACAAGAAAUGGAACACGAGGAAAUAGGAAUUCUAUUUUAUGCCAACAGAAAUGCGUCGUGUCUACCAUUUUCCAUUUCUCUCUACAAACAUGAAUUCUUCGUCUUCUUCGCUUCAACUCCACUCACCAUCACAACUCCCCAUUAUAUUUCCUUCCAAGUGCUUCCAUUCACCUGGAACUGUAAGGACGUUUCAGGUGGUUGAAACAGGAGUUUAUGGCGUCGGCAACGGAAGAAGCAGAGGAUCGUCGGAGCUCUGCUUCAGUGGACGAAGAGGAAGAGCUCCGAUGGGCGGCAAUCCAGCGGCUUCCCACGUACGAUCGGGUGCGGAAGGGAAUGCUGAGGGAAAUGUUGGAGAAUGGGAGAGUUGUUUACGAGGAAGUGGAUGUGAGGAAGAUGGGAUUAGAGGAGAGGAAACGGGUGAUGGAAAGAGCGGUGAAAGUUGUUGAAGAAGAUAAUGAGAAAUUUCUGAGACGGAUGAGAAACAGAAUCGAUAGAGUUGGGAUUGAAAUUCCAAAAAUCGAAGUUCGUUUCGAGAAUUUGUCAGUUGAAGGAGAUGUUUACGUUGGGAGUAGAGCACAGCCCAAUUUGCUCAAUCUUACACUCAUUGCUUUUGAGAGCUUGCUUGAGUUGAUUGGGUUGAGUCAAUCCAAAAAGAAAAAGAUUCAGAUACUUAAAGAUGCUAGUGGAAUUAUGAAACCUUCAAGGAUGACAUUACUUCUUGGUCAUCCAAGCUCUGGAAAAACCACCUUGCUGUUGGCACUUGCUGGAAAGCUUGAUAAAAAUUUGAGGGAAAGUGGGAAAGUGACAUACUGUGGACAUGAAAUGCAUGAGUUUGUGCCUCAAAAAACGUGUGCUUAUAUCAGUCAACAUGACCUUCACACUGGGGAAAUGACAGUGAGGGAAACAUUGGACUUCUCUAGUCGCUGCUUAGGGGUUGGCACAAGAUAUGAACUUUUGAUUGAGCUGAUGAAGGAAGAGAAAGAAGUAAACAUUAAGCCAGACCUUGAGAUUGAUGCUUUCAUGAAGGCCAUUUCUGUUUCUGGCCAGAAAACAAGUUUGGUUACCGAUUACAUUCUCAAGAUACUUGGAUUGGAAAUUUGUGCUGAUACUUUGGUUGGUGAUGAAAUGAGAAGGGGUAUCUCUGGUGGCCAGAAGAAACGUCUUACAACAGGGGAGAUGCUCGUAGGGCCAGCAAGGGCAUUGUUAAUGGAUGGAAUAUCAACAGGACUGGACAGUUCUACUAGUUUUCAGAUAUGCAAUUUCAUGAGGCAGAUGGUUCAUAUGAUGGACCUGACGAUGGUCAUUUCUCUACUACAACCAACUCCAGAGACCUAUGAUUUAUUUGAUGAUCUUAUUCUACUUUCAGAUGGCCAAAUCGUUUACCAUGGUCCAAGAGCAAAGGUCCUUGAAUUCUUUGAAUUUAUGGGCUUCAAAUGCCCAGAAAGGAAAGGAGUUGCUGAUUUCUUACUGGAAGUGAUCAAAAAGGACCAAGAACAAUAUUGGUAUAGAAAGAACCAACCAUAUAGAUUCAUUUCUGUUCCUGAUUUUCUGCGUGGAUUCAACUCUUUUUCCAUUGGCCAACACCUUGCCUCUGAUCUUGAAACACCUUAUGACAAAUCUAGAAUCCACCCAGCUGCUUUGGUCAAAGAGAAAUAUGCUUUGUCAAAUUGGGAGCUCUUCAAGGCAUGCUUUUCAAGGGAGAUGUUGCUGAUGAAGAGAAAUGCUUUUAUCUAUGUGUUCAAGACUAUCCAAAUUACUAUCAUGGCCAUUAUUAGUAUGACCGUGUUUUUUAGGACUGAAAUGAAAGUGGGCAAUGUGAUUGAUGGAAGCAAGUUCCUUGGAGCCUUGUUUUUCAGCCUCAUGAAUGUCAUGCUCAAUGGAAUGGCAGAAUUAGGUUUCACUACUAACAGCCUUCCAACAUUCUAUAAGCAUAGGGAUUUUUUGUUUUAUCCAGCCUGGGCAUUCAGUUUACCUUUUUAUGUUCUUAGAACUCCUCUCUCUCUCAUAGAAUCGGGGAUAUGGGUUCUUCUUACUUAUUACACAAUUGGGUUUGCUCCUACUCCUAGUAGAUUCUUCAAGCAGUUUUUGGCACUCUUUUCCUCACAUCAAACGGGUUUAUCAUUCUUUCGACUUGUGGCUGCAAUUGGAAGAACACAAGUUAUAGCAACCGCUUUGGGUACCCUUUCUCUAUCAGUAAUGAUCUUAUUUGGAGGUUUCGUUAUUGACAAAAAUAACGCUAAGUCAUGGAUGGUUUGGGGAUUUUAUAUUUCUCCAAUGAUGUAUGGACAAAAUGCAAUUGUCAUUAAUGAGUUUCUUGACGAAAGAUGGAGCAAGGAAAGCACUAGCCAUGAAAUUAAUGAACUUACAGUUGGGAAAGUGCUCAUUGCUAGUAGGGGUUUUUAUAAGGAAGAAUAUUGGUACUGGAUUUGUAUUGCAGCACUUUUCGGCUUUACUCUCCUCUUUAACAUUCUAUUUACAAUAGCUCUAACUUACUUGGAUCCAUUGACUCAUUCAAGAACUGCAAUUAGCAUGGAUGAAGACGACAAGCAAGGGAAAAACAGUGGAUCCGCUACACAACAUAAAUUAGCAGGCAUUGACAGUGGAGUCACCAAAUCUUCAGAAAUAGUAGCUGAUUCAGAUCUUAAGGAAAGAAGAGGAAUGGUUUUGCCUUUCCAACCCCUUUCACUUACAUUCAACCAUGUCAACUACUAUGUCGACAUGCCCACUGAAAUGAAGAUGAAUGGAGCUGAAGAAAAUCGUCUUCAACUUCUAAGAGAUGUCAGUGGAACGUUUCAGCCAGGUAUAUUAUCAGCACUUGUUGGUGUCAGUGGUGCUGGGAAAACAACCCUUAUGGAUGUUUUAGCUGGGAGAAAGACUAGAGGUUAUAUUGAAGGAAGCAUACACAUCUCUGGUUAUCCAAAGAAACAAUCAACUUUUGCUCGAGUAAGUGGUUAUUGUGAACAAAACGACAUUCAUUCACCUUAUGUCACUGUCUACGAAUCUCUCUUAUACUCUGCCUCGCUUCGUCUUUCCUCCGACGUAGAUCCUAAAACAAAAAAGAUGUUUGUAGAAGAAGUUAUGGAAUUGGUAGAACUUGAUUCGAUAAGAGACACUAUAGUGGGACUUCCGGGAGUAGAUGGUCUUUCAACUGAACAAAGGAAGAGGUUGACAAUAGCAGUGGAGUUGGUUGCUAAUCCUUCUAUCAUCUUCAUGGAUGAACCAACUUCUGGUUUGGAUGCUAGAUCUGCUGCCAUUGUUAUGCGUACUGUGAGAAACACUGUUGAUACAGGAAGAACUGUUGUAUGCACGAUUCAUCAGCCAAGCAUAGACAUUUUUGAAGCUUUUGAUGAGUUACUGCUUAUGGAACGUGGUGGGCAAAUAAUUUAUUCUGGACCUCUUGGUCAGCAAUCUUGCAAGCUUAUCGAAUAUCUUGAAGCUAUUCCUGGGAUUCCAAAGAUUGAAGAUGGCCAAAAUCCUGCCACAUGGAUGCUUGAGGUUACUGCCCCACCAAUGGAGGCUCAACUGGAUAUCAAUUUUGCUGAAAUUUUCGCUAAAUCUCCACUGUAUCGGAGGAACCAAGAACUUAUAAUGCAACUUAGUACUCCAACUCAAGGCUCCGAGGACUUACACUUCUCAAAUGAAUACUCACAAUCAUUUCUCUCUCAAUGCAAAGCUUGUUUUUGGAAACAUUGUCACUCUUACUGGCGAAACACUCAAUACAAUGCCAUUCGAUUCCUCGUGACCAUAUUUAUUAGUUUCUUAUUUGGUCUAGUUUUCUGGAACACGGGACAAAAUUUUGCCAAGGAACAAGAUGUGUUGAAUAUUAUGGGAGUUAUAUAUGCAACUGCCCUUUUCCUUGGAAUUUUCAAUUCUGCGACUGUGAUCCCUGUGGUUGAUACUGAAAGAGUGGUUUUCUAUAGAGAAAGAGUUGCAGGGAUGUAUACUACCUUGUCUUAUGCAUUUGCUCAGGUGGCAAUUGAAAUUAUUUAUAUUUCAGUUCAGGCUUUAACUUACUGUCUCCCCCUUUAUAGCAUGCUUGGAUUUGAGUGGAAAGUGGGAAAAUUUCUUCUGUUCUACUACUUCUAUCUAAUGUGCUUCAUAUACUUCACGUUGUAUGGAAUGAUGGCUGUAGCACUGACUCCAAACCACCACAUUGCAUUCAUUUUUGUAUUCUUCUUCUUUGCCCUCUGGAACUUGUUUACUGGCUUUUUCAUCCCUCAACCGCUAAUUCCCAUCUGGUGGAGAUGGUGUUACUGGGCAUCUCCCGUGGCUUGGACCAUGUAUGGCCUUGUGGCUUCUCUAGUUGGGGAUAGAGACGUUGACAUUGAGAUUCCUGGAUUUGGAAAUAUAGGAUUACAGAUGUUGCUUAAGGAACGGUUCGGGUACCAUCACGACUUCAUUCCAGUGGUCGUUGCAGCACAUGGCUUCUGGGUUUUGAUCUUCUUCGUUGUGUUUGUUUGUGGGAUCAAGUUCCUUAACUUUCAGAAGAAAUAG